AUGCCGGCGUACUUGGGUCCAAGCCCCUCCGCGUUAGUAGCACUGGCGAUCAUCUCGCUCGUCCACUUUGUUGUUACGGUUGCGUUGGGCAUCAUGCUGUUCACAACGUUGAAGAGCUUGGUAUUUAAUCAGACCAUGAUCGAGGGCUGGGAGCAGGAUCGCCACGAGACCAUUGCUGAGCGAGGAGGCCGGGAUUGGUGGGACGUCACCGGCCCGGAUGGCGAGGAGUACCGUUUCGAAAAGAUCGAGUUUCCCUAUGACAUAGGCUUCUUCAACAAUAUGAACCAGGCCAUGGGCACCAGUAACGUAUUAUGGUGGUUCUCCCCCUUUGCCAGCAACCCUGCGGUGGGAAAGAAUGAGCGAGGGGCGGGAUGGGAGUGGAAAGAGAAUGGUUUCAAUCGCCAGACAGGCAUGUGGCCGCCCCCGGACCCCGAGAAAAUCAGACGAGCUACUCGUCAGUGGCCGGCCGGCAGGCGAGACUUUGCCGCCGAGCUGAGGGAGGUCGGUCAGAGUGCGGAAGCCAGAAAGGAGGCUUUCCGGGAACGACAGGAGGCCGACAGGCGGCGGAAGAAGGCGAUUGUUGCGGAGUUGGAAGAGGACGAGGUAGAUGAUGACAGCGGGGAUGGUCUAGACGAUGUGCCCUAUGCUGCCGAUGGAGCUUCCGGUUGGACGAACUCGGACGGCGAGCGCUUACGAGAUUACGGUGUAGACGAAGACGCCGAGGAAGGGCUGGAUGACGAUGUACCCCUCGGAGAAUUGCUUAGGCGGCGUAAAGCACACCACCAGACCGACGAGCAAUGA